CCACUUCACAAUGCAGGAAGGUAGCUAGCAGCCGCUGAAACUCCUCGGUGGCGUGACAAAACGACAGACCUCCCUGAAGCUUUCAUAACCAGAGGAGUACCCAAGUCUGUCACACACACAAAAAAAAGACAGAGAACAGCGGGAUUUCUCUCAAUAUUUUCCGGCUCGUCAGUUUUCCGGCCGCCUUCACAACGAGACCCCAACCCAGCGGAGGAGUUUCGCCCGCUAGCUUAGUUAGCUAGCCCGUCGUUAGCUGGUCAACCCCGGUUUGAGCUCCUCUGCCCGGAAUUUCUCGGAGAUAUUUCACGGCUGGGUUGCGAAAGACGGCUGGCUAGUCUGCUCUUGUGUUUCCUUUAGCGUUUCACCAUGGGCUCCCGGGCGUCUACGUUACUCAGAGAAGAGGAAAUUGAAGAAAUCAAGAAGGAGACCGGCUUUUCCCACAGUCAGAUCACUCGCCUCUACAGCCGCUUCACCAGCCUGGAUAAAGGGGAGAACGGCACCCUCAGUCGAGAAGAUUUCCAGAGGAUCCCGGAGUUGGCCAUCAAUCCUCUCGGAGACAGGAUCAUCAACGCGUUCUUCCCAGAGGGGGAGGACCAGGUGAACUUCAGGGGAUUCAUGCGGACUUUGGCUCACUUCAGACCAAUUGAGGACAAUGAAAAGAACAAGGACCCCACUGCCAGCGAGCCACUCAACAGCAGGACAAACAAGUUACUUUUCGCCUUCCGCCUGUAUGACCUGGACAGAGAUGACAAAAUCUCUCGUGACGAGCUGUUACAGGUCCUAAGGAUGAUGGUCGGUGUGAACAUUUCAGACGAGCAGCUCGGCAGCAUUGCUGAUAGGACCAUUCAGGAAGCUGACCAGAACGGAGACAACUCAAUUUCCUUUAAUGAAUUCAUCAAGGUCCUGGAGAAGGUGGACGUGGAACAGAAAAUGAGCAUCCGGUUCCUGCACUAAGUUGCCGUGUUUGCAGCGUGGAGCUUCAACAUGCCAGUCGAUACAGGACACAACCCCAUUUCAACCUCUGGACGGGCCGCUGUGGCCCACACUACAAGUACCUGCUCUCUGACCAAGCAUUAGGUAGAUCAUGUCAUAGAUCUUGAGUUUCUGCCUUUGCACUGCUCUGUAAAACAAAGGGAAAAGUUGCGUGCCUUGGGUUGUUUUAUGCUUUGUCACUGUUUUUUAUUUUUUCCCAGCUCAUGGAACACUAUUUAUUUGCAACUUUUUGGGGGGGCAUAUUUAGCACCAUUGCUGUUCCACUCUUCUUUACAUGAAAAAUUAUGGAUUUUAUAUCAUGGUACAAUGAGGCUUUUCCUGUUGCAAUAAGAGGGCAGGAAAGCCGAGGCCUGGCCAUUGUAAGCGUACUCAUGCUGUUCUCUUCCAUGGAUAUUUAGCAUGUGUUGCGUCUUUGUCCAUAUAAAUAUGCCAAUGUUGAAAGUAAAACUUAAAGAUGUACAAUUCCACCUUUUAAAAACAACAGGCAGUGUCUUUAACGCUGACAGGAUCUUAUGACUGCACUGCUUUGGCUUGAGGCAGAGCAAGUCUGACCGGCCCGAGAGCAGUGAGUUCAUACUCUCCUCCCUUAAAGCAAAGUGGGACUUUCUGAAUAAAUUAUUGUUUUUCUCACUGAAGUGCCAUGGUUUUGGUUCCCCCCCUCGUAAAUAUCUCCAAAGUUCUGGGGAACCUAUGGUCAUGUUUGUGUGUUUUGUCUUCAUAUGGGUUUACCCAGCUACUGCCAACAGAUUGUAAUUGCCUGUUUCAUUUGUCGGACUGCAACCAAAAAAAUUGACCUUCCCUCAAAAGCCAAAAGCCACUUGGGGCCUGCUGGAGCCAGGGCCAAUGCAACAUAUAGUGUAUAUAAUGUGAGACUGAAAGAGCUAUUCAUUCAUGUAUAACUGAGGAAAAACAGCGACGCCAGUUUUGACUGUAGGUUUAAAACCAAAUGCUGCAAGCUCUUUGGUUCGUGAGUUUAUCUCCUCUUUGUACAAAAGAGGCUUACAUGCAGAACGUUUUCCACUCUGAGAUUUAAUGAAGCCCUGGCAAACUAUGCGUGGCCCUGUAGUGGAAAUCCGGCUAUGGACCAGUUAGUGCUCAGACUUCAACCAGUUAAACCCAAGAUAACUCGCAAGGCUUCUCACUUUCCAUGAUCAGCUUCAUUGUGGCUAAGAAACAAUGUACAUGUUGAUUAUAUGCACUGCUCAGUUGUCAAGCUUUUUCCCUUCAUCAGGCUAGUUGCAGGUACUAAAGAGGAUUCAAUGCAUUAAAAUAUAUUUUCUGUGCAGGCCAGUGUACUUGACCUGACAUGCAGAUGUAUGAUCACUGAUCUUUUAUGUGAUUGUGAGUUUGUGUAAUGAUUUCUAAGAAAAACCUCCAGCAGCUGAACGCCGGAGAUAUAACACUCGCUCAUUUUAUGAAUCAAGAUGUGAUUAUCAAUCAAAUAUAAUUCAAAUGUUAACGUGAUGUUGGUCUAGUUAUUAUCAAGAUGACUUAUGAAUUUGAUUUGAAUAAAAUAAGUGCCAUGCCUA